GCAUGCACUGCUAUGAUAGGACCGUUUUUCCUUUCCUUUCUUGUCCUUUUAUGGAUAGUUUUCAUGGUUGCUCUUUCUUUCCUUUCAUGUCUGAGUACCUACUUUGGCGAAAUGCUCCUUCCUGAUACACCUAUCUGUGGCAGAUACCCGAUGACAGUGAACCGGUAGUUUACCUACUUUCCUAGACAAAUGAGACUUCG